CCGCUUGGACUGUUUAUGAAUCGGUGCCCGUUUGGUAGGGCUUUCUCGCAGUGGCUUCUGCGUUGCAAGGUAGGCUAUACAAGGAAAGCCAAGAAGAUUAGAAACCCCUACUAGCGCAAUCUUUCUUCCCAGAUUCCGACCCGAGGCGAGAAAGGAAUCCCUUGAAGUCCAAACUCCCUUUGCUUAUUACGUGUUGAACUAGAACGUGCAGCUUGGAACCCAACAAAUAGGACGUCAGUUGCCUGUAGUGUGUUCGAUUAAAUUCCCAGGAGGCAUAACGGAACAGAGAUAAGGAAAUGAAUAAGAAACAAGGAAAGAAACAUGGAUUAGCUCCAACUUCUGGGCAUCUAGGUGCAAUAACAAUCAGAGAGGAAAGCAGCGGUAGAAAGCUUAACAAAGGGGGUUCCAACAAUGCCAAAUCUAUAUUGAAAAGGGAGCAUCUGCAGAAGUUGGCUUUAUGGACUGGCGGGGAAGCUGCGAUCCCUUCAUUGGGUGCCUUUUUUGGGCACCGAUUGGCUGCUUGGGGGGAGGCCAUGGGGACGCCGCUCGAGUCAUCGCUGUUUCCUUGCCAGAGAUGCGAAUCAAUUCUUCAGCCUGGCUAUAACUGCACAGUGCGAAUUGAAAAGAACCGUGCCAAGUUGCGGAAACAAAAUCACAAGAAAUUGAACAUUCCCACACAGAACAAUGUGGUUUAUACAUGUAAGUUCUGUUCACACCGCAACCUGAAAAGAGGGACCCCAAAAGGUUACAUGAAAGAGAUAUGUGCUUCUAAACCAAAACCAGCUUCAAAAUUGAAACCUGGGAGCUCCAAUCAGAAGGUUGUCACCUCUAAAAGCAUGGAAAAAAGAGGAGCUAUUAAAAUGUUGGAUGAAAUAAACUCUUCUAAAACGAAAUCCAUCUUAGAAUCAAAUUCCAAUGGUCCCACAACUCUUUCAGAAACAAUGGGAGAGGUUUCCCAAGAGAACAGUCCACCAACUCCUUUGGUGGGAACUCGUACUCUCUUGUUGGAGGGAAAGGCAAAGAGGAGAAGGCAGAACCGUGCAGGAUCUAACAAGGCAAUAGAAACUGAAAGCAACUCUGCAGCCAUGAGUGCUGGGAGUGUAGUCUCUGCAGGUGGUUCAAGUAAGAGGAAGAGAAGAUCUUGGUGUAGUCUCAAGGAGAUUGCCGAGAGCAGUGAACGAGAAAGCACUCAAAAUAUUGCUAAUUUAAAGAUCCCAUUCUUUUUAUGAAGGUUGAUUCUGUUUACAACGGGUAUACAUGGGAGAAAAAGAAGAUUUGGAGAGAUCACACAAGUGGAGAAAAGCAAUCCCUUUGGAAAAUUUUCAAGGUUAUCAUCACUGUGCACAAGUUAUUAGCUUAGAGCAAAAGGAAACAUGAAAUGUAAUCUUUCAGAAUUCAGAGAGAGCAUUGGCCGAGCAUCUGACCUGCGUGGGCCUAAUAACUCAGUUUUGAUACCCGAAAUGGAAAUUAGCAGCCAAACCCCCGACAUGGCUUGGGAGGUUCUUAAGUUGCAAUUUUGAUUUGUCAAGUUUGUUAGAAGGCUUUAUUUUAUAGAUAAGAAAAUGAGUUAUCAUAUUUGAUUAUUUAA